AUGGCCACACAGGCAGGCCGCCUCGAUGCCGCAAAAGCCCAGGAUCAACCGCUGUCGCAAACCCUUUCUUCGACUCACAAUUUCCCAUAUGACCAUGACAGGCGUCCCGACUCGUCGCUCUGGAGUUCUCGACUCCGAUCCUUCGAACGUGCGUUGUUAAAGUACAACAUCGAGACUCGUGGGAUACAACGAGUGGAGGACCAUGAGAAACAUCGCAUAACAUGGCUGGCAUAUCUCCAGGUCUUCGUGCUCUGGACCUCCAUCAACUUGGCUAUCAACAACGUCACACUCGGCAUGCUGGGACCUGCCGUCUACGAACUUUCCUUCACGGACUCCUCCGUCUGCGCCUCACUUGGUGCUUUGUUGGGCUCCAUCCCUGUGGCCUGGAUUGCAACCUGGGGUCCCGUCAGCGGCCUCCGCACAAUGGUCUGGGGUCGUUAUGCCAUGGGCUGGUACCCGAGCAAGCUGAUUGUGGUUCUGAAUAUAAUCGUUAUGCUGGGUUACGCUCUGCUUGUAGCCAUCAUUAGCGGGCAGGUCCUUUCGGCGGUAUCCCCUAAUGGUUCAAUGUCCGUCGUUGUGGGUAUCAUUAUUGUCUCACUAAUUACCUGGGCUGUAACUUGUUUCGGUAUUUCCGUGUUUCACUACUAUGAGCGGUUCGCAUGGCUUCCUCAGCUCGUUGUGUACUCGAUUCUCUUUGGAGUUUCCGCGAAGCAUUUUGACCUGAUCACACCGAGUGAAGGCGACAGUCGUACUGUCGCUGGCAAUCGUCUGUCAUUCUUCUCUAUAUGUGUGUCUGCUGCGAUAACCUACUCUGGUCUCGGGAUGGACUUUUUCGUCUAUUGGCCUCAGUCGACCUCUCGGUGGCUCAUUUUCGCAAUGACACUCGUGGGGCUUGUGCUGUCUUUCACUUUCGCAUUUGUCUUGGGAGCUGGUAUAGCCUCUAGUAUCCAUUCCUCGCAGAAUUACAUGGAUGCUUGGACCAACUCACAGGGAGGCUCCGGCUCUGGCGCACUACUUGUUGAGGCGUACUCCCCAUUAGGAACUUUCGGUAAGUUCUGCGCAGUGAUUGCGGCUUUGGGAGGAAUCGCGAAUAUGAUCCCUCCCACAUAUUCCUCUGGAGUUGACUUUCAAAUGCUGGGUCGCCACCUCGCCAAUGUCCCUCGAGUCAUUUGGAAUACGACUGGCGUGGUUAUAUAUACAGUGUGCGCCUUGGCAGGUCGAAACAGCUUGGCCGUUAUUUUCACCAAUUUCCUAGCUUUAAUGGGCUACUGGGUGGCAAUAUGGGUGGCAAUAUUGCUUGAAGAGUUCUUGAUUUUCAGAAGAGCGAAGACCAUUAGUUAUGACUGGUAUAUCUGGAACGAUAGGCAGAAGUUGCCUAUGGGGUUGGCAGCGUUGAUUGCAUUUCUGGUGGGUUGGGCGGGCGCCAUUCUUUGCAUGGCCCAGGUAUGGUACAUUGGUCCUAUCGCUGCAUUGGUUGGUGAAUAUGGAGCAGACAUGGGAAAUUACGUUGGCUUCGUUUGGGCCGCUGUGGUAUUUCCGCCCUUGCGUUGGCUGGAGAUUAGGAGGAUGAAGCGUUAG